AUGGCAUUUCCAUACGAUGCAAUUGCAUCUCCUCGUACCAAGUCCCACGCGGCAAUUGAGAUGGAUGCAAAUACAAUACAAAAAGCACAAUCGUCUUCAUCUGAUUUCAAGUCAACAGGUACAGCGUCAGAGAAGACGUUGUACGACCAUGAUCUAGUCAUGGUCUUUCCACGACGUGAAGGUGGAGAGCAGAAGAAGCCUCGUGACUUUACACUAGAGAGUUUUCUACAUCUUAUGAUUGGGAAAGACUUGGAACGCAGCAAGUCUACGAACAAAAUUGUAGUGGAUCCAUUUCAGCGCGUAUUGCGUACGCCACGCUGUUUUCUAGACGACCGUGGCUGUGACGCUGUGAUGGAAACGAGUAUGGACCACAGUGAAACAGGUGAACAGCAUAGACUGGAGAUACAGCAGCAGUUUUUGAUGAAUGAGUAUAGAACGUUUAUUGGUUCUACUGAGCCUACGACAGAGACAAAAUUUUGUGAAUUGGUCGCGACGGCGAUUUCACGACGUGUGCAACUUGCAUGUGGUCUCACGACGCGCAUGUUCUUAAGCUGUGACGCGGAUGAGAUUAUUAUGACUAUCAAGACCGAUAACGACGAUCUGAAGAUUGAAGCUGACCGCUCGGAUUAUCGAUUGCAAGUAAGUAACAAACCUUUUUCGAGGACAUUACACAACGAGAAGCUCAAGACUUUGCAACGUGAGAUGGGAGAUAAAGAGUGGCAAACCUCAAUUGGCCACUUGAGACACACACGCGGCUUUGCAGAUGAAGGUGCAGAAUAUCCAGAGAUGGAUCCCUUGCUGGUGUCACGUGGAGAAGAGUUCCAUCCCGAGCUACGCAAAGCACUUGAUGUGUGGGGACACACUGAAGAGGCGGACGGUUUGUUUGUGGAAGAUGACACUUAUCGUCGCGUCGUUGGAAAUUACUGGAACCGCUUUUGGACGUCGAUCUUUGCGUUGCCUUACGACCCGUUGACGUAUUUUGCGCCAUUUGCUGAAUAUCGCCGGGAGGAAAAGUAUCAGCCAUAUUACCGCCGUUACCCGAUCAAAUGGGGUAAGAAGAAAGAGCAGACUUUAUUUACGCAAAAGGAUUGUCUUCGACUAGCUGAAGGUAUUGUAGAACGUCAUAUUAAUGCAGAUGCUCUCGAGGCAGCUGGAUACCUGGUGGGCUCUAUGUUUGCACUUCACGACGCAGACGCACUGCACGACCUGAGGCAUACGUGGGCUCUUCAUUGGACGAUGUUCUACCAACCUUUGCAUAAAAUCCGCUACUACUUUGGAGAGAAAAUUGCGUUAUAUUUUGCGUGGCUAGAGUUCUACACGAAGAUGCUUAUGUUUCCUGCAGUUGCGGGCAUCAUCACGUUUGUUUAUAUUGAAGCACGUCAGGCUGCUACGGGUACCAGCGAACAAGGCUACAUUCUUAUCGCCUUUGCCGUCUUUGUAGUUCUUUGGUCGUCCAUUUUUUCCGAAUCGUGGAAGCGCAAGAACGGUAUAUUGGAUUCGCUCUGGGGUCUAAGUGGCUUGCACGAAUCAUUCCGUUACCGCCCUCAAUUUCGAGGAACUAAAAGCUACCACCCGGUGACUGAUACAGAGGAAGUAACAUUCGAAAGUAAGGCAAAACGCCGCCGUGCGUUCGUCAUCUCCGUGUUUAUUGUCACGUUAAUGGUCGGAAUUGUGGUUAUUGCUCUUUUUGGUUUGUUUGUCCUCAAGCACUGGAUCAACAGCACUGAUGAUUUGGGAGAUCAUCAUAUUGUUCCAGAGUACCGGACUACGCUGACAUUUGGUGUGACUGUGGCAAACGCCAUUCAGAUUUUGGUGCUGAAUAUGGCUUACCGGAAUGUGGCACGCUACUUGAAUGACCUCGAAAACCACCGUACGGACGCUGAGUACGAAAGCUACUUGAUCAUUAAAGUUUUUAUGUUUCAAUUUUGCAACUCCUUUGCGUCUUUCUUCUAUAUUGCUUUCGUGAAGCGCAUUGCUGAAGGCUCUUGUCUGUAUGAAGAUGACUGUAUGAAGGAAUUACGCGACCAGUUGUUAACUUUGUUCUUGAUCCGAAUUGUGGUGGGAAAUACAACGGAAGUGGCGAUGCCAUAUUUAAAAUAUCGAUACCAGCUCUUUUCCGAACGCAAAGCGGCAAACGGUGAAGACAAGGUUGGUCACAACUACAUUGAAGAGCAGGCUAAGCUGGUGCCGUACGAGACCAAUGAAGCAUUUGAGGACUACAAUGAGAUGGUCAUCCAGUAUGGCUUUAUCAACCUAUUUGUGGUGGCAUUCCCGCUGACACCAGUGCUUGCGCUGGCAAACAAUGUGCUGGAAGUCCAUGUGGAUGCUGUGAAGCUCUGUUUUGUUCACCGCCGACCAUUUCCCCACCCGGCUAAGGAGUAUUGGCACCAAAGUGGAACUGUUCGAGCCUUUACUUUUGUGGUAGCGUGUCAGGUGUGUUUGGUUUUGGCGGUCCUUGUCGAACGUUUGGUGCCGGACAUGCCUCAAGAACUCAAGCUGCUCCUUGAGCGCUCUGAACACAUUGUGAAUGUUGUCUUCAAGGGGAUGUUUGAGGGCGAUUCAUCCCACCUGAACGAGGUUGCGGAGCGCUUGGACCUCCAGAUUUACCCCAAUGCUCAAUGGGAAGCAGCGAAGCAGCAUUACCCGUGGAUCAAGAACUGA